AUGAAGAUCUUGUGUUCCUUUCUUCAGAUCUUCAGAAAUAUGCAUCAAGGAAACCAAACCACCGUCUCUGAAUUCCUCCUCCUGGGACUCUCCAACCAACCUGAGCAGCAGAAGCUCCUCUUUGUGCUUUUCCUGGGUAUGUACCUGGUCACUGUGGUUGGGAAUGGGCUCAUCAUUUUGGCCAUAGGCUUGGAUUCUUACCUUCACACCCCCAUGUAUCUCUUCCUUGCCAAUCUAUCCUUUGCUGAUAUUUCCUCCAUUUCCACUUCAGUCCCCAAAAUGCUGAUGAAUAUUCACACCAAGAGUCAAUCCAUCUCCUAUGAAAGCUGCAUCACACAGAUGUACUUUUCUAUUGUGUUUGUUGUCAUUGACAAUUUCCUCUUGGGAGUCAUGGCCUAUGACCGUUUUGUGGCUAUCUGCCACCCUCUGAACUAUAGGAGCAGCAUGCAACGCAGGAUCUGCAUUUUGCUUACAGUCAUUCCAUGGCUACUCAGUAAUAUUGUUGCCCUGAUACAUACUCUUCUGCUCCUUCGACUGAUCUUCUGUGACAGCCAUACUCUCCCACACUUCUUCUGUGACUUGGCCCCUCUGCUCAAACUGUCCUGCUCAGACACGAUGAUCAAUGAGCUUGCUUUGUUCGUUGUGGGCUUAUUAGUCAUUAUCUUCCCCUUUGCCCUCAUCCUCUUCUCCUACAUCUGCAUUGUCAGAGCUGUCCUGAGAAUCUCAUCCAUAGAGGGAAAGUGGAAAGCCUUCUCCACCUGUGGCUCUCACCUGACAGUUGUAUUGCUCUUCUACGGAACCAUUAUAGGGGUUUACUUUUUCCCAUCAUCCACUCACCGUGAUGACAAAGAUAAGAUUGGUGCAGUAAUGUUCACUGUGGUGACACCCAUGAUGAAUCCCUUCAUCUAUAGCCUGAAGAACAAGGACAUGAAAGGUGCCCUGAGAAAGCUCAUCAGUAGGAAAAUCUUCCUCCCAUUGACGCCCUAG